ACACACCUCGGCCGCCGUCUCUGCCACCUCACGUCCAUUACCCUCUACUUCGUCUAUCAUUAAGCCCUAGAUAUUGAUAGGAUGCCAUAUAAACCACCAUGGCACUAAGAAAGCAAUGAUCAAUGACUACAAAGCGUGGUUGGCAUAUUUCGGUUCGGUUGUCAUGGGAACUGAGACGCUUCUGUCAGAGCCACCAGACACGUGACGAGUAAACAUGCUGCAGGACCCAAACGAGGUGAAUAAGAGACUUGAAGAAGCUGAGGAGGACCUUCUGAAGCAAGUGGACAGCUUUAGGCGACGAUAUAACUCCCUGUAUCCCGGCGGCCCCCUGCUGCUGUUCACCACGCGGAAUGAGAGCGAGAAAGUGGUCAGUUCCCGGCCCCAGGGUACAUGCGUGGGCUAGUCAUGUCAGUGUGCGGGGUAUUCACCUGCUUCCGUCUCUCCUUGAAGCGGUAUUUAGGUAUUCUAUUCAGAGGCGUGUCUCUUUAGUCCCCUGAAUACCGCUUAGUUAUCCAUCUGUUUGAAACGGUGGUGUUGAGGUGCUGUGCCCUGCCCCCAGGUGCCUGUGCUGAGCCUGGUGGUGCCCAGCCCCCAGCCCUACCCCGAGCUGCUCAGCCUCCAUCAGGCGGCUCAGACCCUGGCCAACAUGCUCACCUACACUCCGCCGCCGCCCGCAUCCCCGCUGCCGCAGAAGGUACGGUCGGCUGCGCUGGUGGCGAAGACGCAGCGAGGAGAGGCGGCCGAGUGCGCCCUGGUGGUGGCGUCGGUGCUGCUGGGGGCCGGGUACCGCACCUUCGUGGUCCAGGGCACGGCGCGCCCCUCUCUAGUGGCUGGCGACACGUCCAUCCUGCCCUGCCCCUACCUCGCGCCGCCCUACCAGGCGGGGAAGGAAUCGGGCAAAGCACCCCCUUCAAAAUACAGCGUGAGGCAGCCGCCGGACCUGAGGAGUCGUUACACCCUCAUCAUGGAGGAGCGCGCCCGCCGCCGCCUCCUUGCAGAACAACAGCAGCAGCAGCAGGAAAAGAGAGACAGCGACCCCAGCCUUGCAGAGAGCCAACAUGAACAACAGGAUGUUGGAGGGAGCGACCUUCACUUCUGGGUGCUGGUGCUUCCCCACAAACGCCAGCUGUGCUCGCCGACCUUCGUGGAGCCGAGCACGGGGAAGGUCACGCCCCUGCCCGCUGAGGAGCCGCUGCCCUACCUCUACGUGCACGCCCUCUUCAACCACAGCAACUACUGGGCCUCCACGCAGCCUCGCCAGCCCAUCAGUGCAGACAUAUUUGACUUGGACGAUCGCUCGAUGUGGCUGCCGCUCAUCGACGACAAGCCCAAGUCUCAGCCUAAAGAGCCGCCCCAGAAAACGCCCGAGCCAGUCUCUCACUCCGGUGAGCCUGAGGACACUCGCCAGUCUCUUCAGGAGUCUCAGGACUCACCAAGCAAGCCUCAAGAUGCACCCGGGCAGUCACAGGACCCCCAGGAAUCUUCCAGCAAGCCACAAGACACCCCAGUUAAGCCUCAUGAUUCAUCUAGUCUGCCGCCGGAGACCCAGGACGCCCUCAGUCCUUCACAAGAAACUCUCACGCAGCAUCAACAGCCCUCCAGUGCAUCCCAGACCAAAACGAGGCGCUCGAGGAACAAGGAGGAGCCGCUGCUGCCCCGCGGCUGCUACAAGCCCGUCGUCAUCACUGAAGAAGGCAGGUUACAUGUGUGUGUGUGUGUGUGUGUGUGUGCCCUGUUGCAAAGGUUCCCCGGGGGGUGGCGGGAGGAGGUAUACCAGGGGGCGGUGGUGCGGCGCUACGCCCCGCUCACGCAUCCGCGGGGGACCACAGUCGCCCUCACUCUCUUCACUCCUGAAGGGAGGACAGACCAGGGCUGCGUCACGGACCUCCUGACGGGGGCGGUCAGGGACACCUUUUCUAGGAGCAGGAAGGACACACUCAAAGAACACCACUACUGGAGGGAGCCGUCGUCGCUGUCCUCGUGCGUUGACAAGGACGGCGUGGACAACCCAUGGCGGGCCUGCGAGCUGGAGGUGCGCCCCCAGACGCAGCCCCUCGAAGUAUUCCUCUUCCACUCGGAGUUCCGCGUCGACGCCCUCAGGAGACGGGAGAUAAGAAGCGGAGAGCUGCGGGAGGAGUACGCAGAUCGGGCAGACUUACUCCUGCGGCGCAUCGUCACCUUCGCUAGUGCCAUCUCCAAGACCGUGCAGGUGAGCGGGGAUCUAUCAUCUAAGAGGGUUGGGUGA